CGCACUCUGUCCGGCAACUACUUCCGGUUUGUCACGACCAGGAAGUCUUCAGCUUUCGAAGGAGUAAAUCCCCCUGCUUGCUGCGUGUCUUUCCGUAGAAAACAAAAAUGAAGAUUUCAUAUUCCCUUCAUCUGUCUUGGUGGUUAUGGUUUGUGUUGUUGGUGGCACAAAAUAAUAUCCCAUGGCGGACGAUGGCGGAAUCACAUAAUAACGCGCCGGUUUUAAGCACCAACGCCACGACUUCAUCACAUCUUCGAAACGAGACCAGUGGCGGACAUUCGAUCAAGGGUCUUGGCAUCGACAGGUCCAUGGUCAAUCGGGCGUUAUACGUGCUCAUCGGGUUCAGCACUAUUGGAGUGUUUUAUUUCGUGAUCAGGGCUGUCAGAUUAAAUAAAGCCCCCAAGAAGAAAUAUGGAUUGCUGUCCAGUGAUGAUAACAUGGAGUUGGCCGCACUUGACAGUGACGAUGAUGAUACUGUGUAUGAAGCCAAAAGCUUACGCAGAUGAAUAUCCUCGACACAUUCCAAAAAUUGAUUUUGAUAAAAAAAAAAAAAGAAACCAGUUCAAAAGUUCACAUCUAUUUUUCUACAGACAUUUUUUUUUUUUUUUUUUAUCAGACUGUGAAUAUUUUUUUGUUUUCUGUUUUGGAAAUCUCAACUUUUUAUGAAAGAAGGGGAAUUAAAGACCGGAAAAGUUUAUUAAUAAAGUGACCAAAAAAAAAAAAAACAUUUAAAAACAAACGCCUUAUCGUGGACCAAGCCGACAGUAUAUAAGGAACAUGGGGCAGCUUACAGGUGACUGGGACCGGCUUCUUCUCUUCCAUUGCAUGCCCACCCAUCACCAGCUGACCAACCAGUUGUUUCCAGCCAGCCAGACGAGAUUACGCGCAGAAGCUUCAGUGCCUCCCGAUUCCCGAUGUCAGAAGUGGAAAUGGUGGACGAGUUCAUACUUCCUGAGAAGGGUUGCCGUUGCUUUGUUUCUACUACUGUAUUAUGUUUGUAUUGCUCAACGUGUUUCUGAAAGGUCCAGAGCCAGCAAGUAGUUUUGCUUUGUUCCUUUCACUUUUUUGAAGCGGUGUGUGACUCCGAAGUGUUCAAAGUAAAUAAACGUGGCUCUUCCUUGCUGAAGCGAAACUUAAGAUGUGGCACAAUUGAAGAGAGCUUGCUGAGCCGUGACGGGAUUAGCACGUGUCGAUCCCAGAUGGCUCCAAUGCUUGAUGGACUGAAUAAAGGACUGACGCCAAAAAUGGAAUCUCAAGAAAAUACUGCUAUGUAUAAAAUCUGGAAGAAAUCAAGCAGCAGUUUGCCUGAUAUUAGUUUUUAGCCCGUUUUUUUGCUUUUCAUUUAUUAUUUCCGGGUUUUUCUCCUAUUUGGGUGGUUUUCUUUGGGAUUUUUUUUUAUCUUGGGUGGAUUGUUGUAUUUUUUUUUUAAUGUUCCUUUCUCUUCUAAGUCAAGUUGCAGUUGUUGUUUUCUUCCAAUUGGGUUGAGAUAACCUCACUGUGAUGGACGAGACCAAAAAUCGGACCAAACUGCGUGGACCAAUUUACAAUGAGACCAGCCGGAGUUGCCUGCCUUUAGAGAAAGGAACAGACCUCAUGCUUGUUUGAGCCGCACCCAUGUCUCUGUUUUGUCGUUUUUUGGUUGCUUCUUGCCACAGGUGACUCACCUUGAAGGGCCUGCAUGGAAUAUGCCAGAUAUUAAGACAUCCAGGGUGCAAGGUGAAGAAUUGUCACCAAGUCUGAAAGAGAGACCUCCAAAAAGAACCCCCCUCAGUUUUAUGGUGACUAAAUGCUUUGAGGUGCUUUGGGUGGUCAAUUUUUGUUUUAUUCCUGCAAGCUGGGCAAAAGCUCGCUUGAGUAUUUUCAUGUCUGUGCCAUUCUAAAGGAGUGUCAUCAGUAUUUGCCAAUGGGGGGUCCUGCACAAAAUCAUUUUAAUGUCAAAAUCUAAAGUAUGUUAUUAAAAGUGACGUGGAAGGGGUGGAGGAUGAGGUCUCUGUCAAAGUUGUGGCUGCUUGUUACGGAGUGAUGAUCUGUGACCUCUUAAUGCAGAAGGAGGGACAGAAGAGGUAGUGUGCAAAAAAAAAAAGUGUAAGUCAAGCAAGUCAGAGGUGGUGGGCAUCACCCCAAGUCUGUUGUGAGCACAAGCGACAAGGACAUUAAGCAAUAAAAUGUGUUAAAUAAAUAAAAGAAAUGUGUGUCAAGGCUGUGUGGCAUUGAGGAGUCCACGUCACGAGGGGUGUCAUAUUGGGACAGUCGCAAAGGGUGGAAUGAGGACUGAAU